CCAUGAAAAUUCCAUUUUCUCUCCCAUCUCCGCUCCUCUCUCUCUACAUAUACUUGGAAAUUCCCUUUCUUGUUUCUCUCAUUUCAUGCAAAAUACACCACUUUAUUGAUUCAAUUCAAUUCGUUCAAUCAACAAAAAAGGGGGGAAAUGAUGCUUCAAGAACACACGCCAUUGCUAUCAACAAGCUCGACGCCGAGCAACACCAGCAGCAGCAGCAACAGCAGCGACGCCGAAUCAGAAAGCCCCGCGCCUUCAUUCCGAUACAAUUUCCAAGAUUUCAAAUUCAAGCUCACCGCCGCCUCCGCCCCAAUUUCCUCCUCCCAAUCCUACAAAUCCCUAGCCGUCCUCUCCGGCCACGUCGGAUCCGUCUCCUGCCUCGCCCUCUGCGGCGAGUUCAUCCUCAGCGCCUCCCAGGCCAAGGACAUCAUCGUCUGGCAGCACCCCGAUCUCCGCCAAUUCACCAAAUUCGGCCAGGGCGACGGCGCCGUCAAAGCCCUCGUCGCCGCCGGAAACAGAGUCUUCACCGCGCACCAGGACAGCCGAAUUAGGGCUUGGAAGGUCUCCCGAAGCUCCGAGAAUGUGUUCAAGCUCAUCGACACGCUCCCCACCACCAAGGACUACUUGGGGAAAUUCAUGAAGCAGAGCAACUACGUCCAGACGCGGCGCCACCACAAGCUCCUCUGGAUCGAGCACGCCGACACCAUCUCCUGCCUCGCCGUCUCCGUCUCCGCCGGCCUCAUCUACUCCGGCUCCUGGGACAAGACCAUCAAGGUGUGGCGCGUUUCCGAUUUUAAAUGCCUCGAGUCCAUCAAGGCGCACGGCGACGCCAUCAACAGCAUUGCCGCGAGGGGAGGCACGGUCUACUCGGGCUCGGCCGACGGGAGGAUCAAGGUGUGGGCGAGGGGGCCCGGGGGAAAGGGGCAGCAUUCUUGCAGAAAGGUGUUGGAGGGGCACAAGGAUGUUUCCUUCAAUGCUGUGGUGGUCACUGAGGGUUUUGUGUACGGGGGUGGCUCGGACGGGAGCUUGAUGGGGUGGAGCUGCGGCGAGGGGUGGAGGGGGGUUUGUGACGUGAGGGCGCAUGAGACGGCGGUGCUGUGUUUGUGUUUGAUGGGGGAGAGGAUGAUGUGCAGUGGGUCGGCGGAUAAGAGUGUGUGUGUGUGGAGGAGGGAGGUGGGGGGUGGGGUGUGUAGGCAUAUGGUGAUAAGGGGGCACCAAGGGCCGGUCAAGUGUUUGCAGGCGUCGCCGCUCAGGGUUGGCGGCGGCGGGGGGUUCAUGUUGUAUAGUGGGAGUCUUGAUAAGAGCUUGAGGGUUUGGUGGGUUCCUGCUGCUGCUUCUGAUCAUCAUCAUAUAAAUGGAGACAAUGACAAUAAAUUGAGGUUUCUCAGUUGAAUGUUUUGUUUUUUUGUAUUUAUCCUGUUUUUUAGAUAGGAUUUUCAUGACAGAGUGUGAUUGUUUUUGUGUUUUUUUGGGUUCUUGAAUGUGUAAUUACAUCAGUUAGUUGGUUUUUGUAUUUGAAUUUUUUUGUUUUUUGGGGGGAUACAUUUUUUCUUGAAGGUGUCAGUUAAUUGGAGAUUGUAUUUGAAUUUUGAAGGUAAAGGUUUAUUUUUGUUUUCCUUUUUCA